ACUGAUGCCCAGAACAUGAGUGAGUGUGUGGAAAAAGAUGAAAACGGAGCAGAUUCUGCAGGAUCCAGCUGUCCAUCUCUAAGGAGUGUCUUGUCCAUAAAUGAACUUCCGGGCUUUAGUAAUGAUUCUGGACCCCCACACCCUACAGGGAGGAAGAGGAGUGGUGUUUGUGAUGAGGAGCAGCUGUCCUGCUGUGCUAUAUGUCAGGAUGCCUUGAAGGAUCCAGUCUCCACCACCUGUGGACACUGGUUCUGUAGACGCUGCAUAACCUCAUAUUGGGAGCAGUCUGGCUCAUCAGGAACAUCCACCUGUCCCUGGUGUGGAGAAAAAUCCAUAAGACGACCCACAGAUGUUGGUCUGCAGGAGGUUUUCGAUGAACAUAAAAUCAGUCUGAGGAGGAGAUGUGAACAUGUGACUGAAGGAACUGAUGGAACAGGAAGUAGAACCCUCCUCAACAGGAUCUACACUGAGCUCUUCAUCACAGAGGGACAGAGUGAAGAGGUUAAUACCCAACAUGAGGUGAGGCAGCUGAAGACCGCUUCCAAGAUCAACACCCUCCAUGACACUCCAAUCAGGUGCCACGACAUCUUUAAAACCUUACCUGACCAACAUGGACCAAUCAGAGUGGUUCUGACCAACGGCGUCGCUGGUGUUGGAAAAACCUUCUCAGUGCAGAAGUUCACUCUGGACUGGGCAGAGGGCUUGGAGAACCAAGAUGUCAGUGUGGUGGUUCUGCUUUCAUUCAGGGAGCUGAACUUGAUCAGAGAUGAUCAGUACAGUCUUCUCCAGCUGCUCCAUGUUUUCCAUCCAACAUUACAGAAGAUCCCAGCAGAGCAGCUGGCUGUCUGGAAACUUCUCUUCAUCUUUGAUGGUCUGGAUGAAAGCAGACUUUCUCUGGACUUCAACAACACUGAGGUUGUUUCUGAUGUCACACAGAAAUCUUCAGUCAACGUGCUGCUGACAAACCUCAUCAAGGGGAAUCUGCUGCCCUCAGCUCUCAUCUGGAUCACUUCCAGACCUGCAGCAGCCAAUCAGAUCCCUCCUACAUGUGUUGACAGGGUAACAGAAGUACGAGGCUUCACUGAUGUCCAGAAGGAGGAGUACUUCAGGAGGAGAUUCAGUGAUGAAGAGGUGUCCAGCAGAAUCAUCUCCCAAAUGAAGACAUCCAGGAGCCUCCACAUCAUGUGUGGAAUCCCAGUCUUCUGCUGGAUCACUGCUACAGUUCUGGAGCACAUGUUGACCACAGAGCAGAGAGGAGAGCUGCCCAAGACCAUGACAGACAUGUACUCACACUUCCUGAUCAUCCUGACAAAGAGGAAGAAGAACAAGUACCAUGAGGGACAUGAGAUGAGUCCACAGGAGCUGAUGGAGACUGACAGGGAAGUUCUUCUGAAGCUGGGGAGGCUGGCGUUUGAACAUCUGGAGAAAGGAAACAUCAUGUUCUACCAAGAAGACCUGGAGCAGUGUGGUCUGGAUGUCACAGAGGCCUCGGUGUUCUCAGGAGUUUGUACUGAGAUCUUCAGAAGAGAGUGUGUGAUCUUCCAGAAACCAGUUUACUGCUUCGUUCAUCUGAGUGUUCAGGAGUUUCUGGCUGCAGUCUACAUGAUGCACUGCUACAUCAACAGGAACACAGAGGUGCUCGAAGAUUUCCUGGGGAGAGACUGGGAUGAUGAUGAUGAUGAUGAUGGUGAUGACAAUGAUAAUGGUGAUGAUGAUAUGGAAAGGUCAUUUCUAGAUGUUUUCCUAAAGAGAGUCAUGGAAGAAUCCUUUGAAAGUAAAAACGGCCAUAUGGACCUGUUUGUUCGUUUUCUUCAUGGCCUCUCUCUGCAGUCCAACCAGAGACUCUUAGCGGGCCUGUUGGGUUGGAAAGAGAACAGACCAGAAACCAUGGAAACAGUUAUCAACAACCUGAAGAAGAUGAACACAUAUAACAUCAGUCCUGACAGGAGCAUCAACAUCUUCCUCUGUCUGAUAGAGAUAAACGACCUCUCAGUUUAUCAGGAGAUCCAAGACUUCCUGAGGUCAGAGAACAGAUCAGAGGAGAAACUGUCAGAGAUCCAAUGUUCAGCUCUGGCCUACAUGCUGCAGAUGUCGGAGGAGGUUCUGGAGGAAUUGGACCUGAAGCAGUACAACACAACAGAGGAGGGACGGCAUAGGCUGAUACCAGCUGUGAGGAACUGCAGAAAGGCUCUACUCUCUGGCUGUGGACUCUCAGACAUUCACUGUGAAGUUGUGGCUUCAGCUUUGAAGUCCAACCCCUCCCAUCUGAGAGAGCUGGAGCUGAGUCACAAUGAGCUGCAGGAUUCAGGAGUGGAGCUUCUUUCAGCCGGACUGGAGAGUCCAAACUGUAAACUGGAGUCUCUCAGAUUGACAUGGUGCAGUUUGUCAAAGAUAAGUUGUGCUUCUUUGAGCUCAGCUUUAAAGUCUAAUCCCUCCCACCUGAAACACCUGGACCUGAGUUACAACAGCCCAGAGGAUUCAGGAGUGAAGCAGCUGUGUGGCUAUUUGGAGUGUCCAGACUGUAUACUGGAGACUUUGGGAUUGUGCCAUUGCAGGUUGUCAAGGAUCAGUUGUGCUUCUCUUAGCACAGCUCUGAAGUCCAACCCCUCCCAUCUGAGACAUCUGAACCUGAGUAGAAACAACCUACAGGAUUCAGGGAUGAAGGAGCUAUGUGGUUUUUUGAAGAGUCCAGACUGUAGACUGUAGACUGGAGUCCCUGAG